CUCUGCUGAUUGCAUCAACGUAGGCAAGAUGGCGGGAGCAACAACGUGUGAGUUUUUUAGCGUGAGCCUGGCUCUGUGUUUUGCGGUUGCUUUCUCGGGUGAGGAAGCAUGUAUGUCAUAUGCAGGGGGGCAUGUGUACCCGCAGGAAACCAGACGCACUACAGGCCAUGCCACUCACUGGAGUCAAGUUGUCAUCUCAAAGCCGGCUCCUGACUGGAACGGUACAGCUGUGAUCAAGGGGGAGUUUAAGGACAUCAAACUAUCCGACUACAAGGGGAAAUACCUCGUCUUCUUUUUCUACCCACUUGACUUCACGUUCGUGUGUCCAACUGAGAUCAUCGCCUUCAGUGACCGGGUAGCCGAGUUCAGGAAGAUUAACACGGAAGUGGUAGCAUGCUCGGUGGACUCGCAGUUCACUCACCUCGCCUGGAUCAACACUCCACGUGACCAGGGCGGCUUGGGCGCCAUCAACAUUCCACUUCUCUCAGACAUCACACAUGACAUCUCCAAGGCUUACGGUGUCUACCUGGAGGAUCUUGGUCACACACUAAGAGGCCUGUUCAUCAUUGACAACAAGGGAGUCCUACGCCAGGUCACCAUGAAUGAUCUCCCUGUGGGUCGGUCUGUGGACGAGACCAUUCGGCUUGUUCAGGCCUUCCAGUACACAGACAAACAUGGAGAAGUGUGCCCCGCAGGCUGGAAGCCAGGCAGUGAUACGAUCAUCCCAAAUCCAAAAGAGUCCCAGAAAUAUUUCAGUAAACAGAAAACUUCCGAUGAGCUAUAAACAAUGCGUCUUUAGAUUUUAUUUUUAGUCUCUUUCUCUUUCUGUUCAUCUCAUUUUGUAUCAGUGUCCGGGAGCAUGGGAAGGUGUGAGUGUAAUUUAUCAUCUGACUGUCACAAUAAAGACAAUCGAGAGGCCAAGAAUAGCACUUGUGUUUCCUGCAGCACUGCAACAUCAUGUCCAUUAUCUAUGUAACCAUGGCAACAGUGAAAUUUGUUGUUGAUAUUUUUUCGAAAAUGUUUGUUAUUUGUGUGUUUUAUGUAGAAUUUUAUCCAUCAGUGGUUGGAAGUAGUCCAAUUAGUGCCAGUGAAGCAAUAUGUUUACUGUAGGAAAUUGUUGACAAAUAAUUUAUUUCCAUGUGCGUACAAUGCCCUUGUGAAGUCAGCUUCAGCUCAUACUCUGUGAGACUUACUAUGCAACAUAUUGCAAUACUUUACUUUGCUGAAUAAAUUUUUGAAAUAAGAAAGUCUGUCAGUUUGUAUGGUGAAGGGAAACACAAGUUGUUCGAGGUUUUUCAUGGUACUGAA